CAGUCCCUCAGCUCCCGGCAGCCCGUGCCUCAGUUUGGCGGCCGGCCUCGCCCAGCCGGCCCGGUGACAGGGCCCGACCGGGCCCUCCCCGCCCUCUCAUGGGCCCCAGCUAGAGUAGCUGGCCCUGCCCCGCUCCCUGUCUCCCUUUUCCCCCCCUUCGGGAGAAGGCCCCGAUGCCACCCAAGAGGAAGCCGGUGCUGCCGGCGCUCAACAUCACUCCUACCAUCGCCGAAGGCCCGUCCCCCACCAGCGAGGGCUCCUCCGAGGCGAACCUGGUCGACCUCCAGAAGAAAUUGGAGGAGCUUGAGCUAGAUGAACAGCAGAAGAAGCGGCUGGAGGCUUUCCUCACCCAGAAAGCCAAGGUGGGAGAGCUGAAGGACGAUGACUUUGAAAGGAUCUCGGAGCUGGGAGCUGGCAACGGUGGGGUGGUCACCAAAGUCCAACACAAACCCUCAGGGCUCAUCAUGGCACGGAAGUUGAUUCACCUGGAGAUCAAACCUGCUAUUCGCAACCAGAUCAUUCGGGAACUCCAGGUCCUGCACGAGUGCAAUUCGCCUUACAUUGUGGGCUUCUAUGGAGCCUUCUAUAGCGAUGGGGAAAUCAGCAUCUGCAUGGAGCACAUGGAUGGAGGGUCUCUGGAUCAGGUAUUAAAAGAAGCCAAGAGAAUUCCUGAAGAGAUCUUGGGGAAAGUCAGCAUUGCAGUUCUGCGCGGUUUGGCAUAUCUAAGAGAGAAACACCAGAUUAUGCACAGAGACGUGAAACCCUCCAACAUCCUUGUCAACUCCCGGGGAGAGAUCAAGUUGUGUGAUUUUGGGGUGAGCGGGCAGCUCAUCGACUCCAUGGCUAACUCCUUCGUGGGAACCCGCUCCUACAUGUCUCCGGAGCGGUUGCAAGGCACUCACUACUCAGUUCAGUCCGAUAUCUGGAGUAUGGGCCUGUCCCUAGUAGAGCUGGCCAUCGGAAGAUACCCAAUCCCCCCUCCAGACACCAAGGAAUUAGAAGCGAUCUUUGGUCGGCCCAUGGUCGAUGGGGCAGAGGGAGAGCCCUCCAGCAUCUCUCCGCGGCCACGACCCCCAGGACGCCCAAUCAGUGGCCACGGGAUGGAUAGUCGACCAGCCAUGGCCAUCUUUGAGCUGUUGGACUAUAUUGUUAACGAGCCUCCACCUAAACUUCCGAACGGGGUUUUCACGCAAGACUUCCAGGAGUUUGUAAAUAAAUGCUUAAUUAAAAAUCCAGCAGAGCGGGCAGAUCUGAAGAUGCUGAUGAAUCAUGCCUUUAUCAAACGGUCAGAAGUGGAAGAAGUGGAUUUUGCAGGCUGGUUAUGUAAAACACUGAGGUUAAACCAACCCAGCACCCCCACGCGCACUGCCAUGUGAUGGUGAAGCAAACUGCCUUGUGUCCAUCUGUCUACCUGUCCAUCACUGUUUCCUGCCCUACUGGCUGAAGACAGGACCACCUCUUUUCCCUCCCUCCACCCAACCUCUCUCCCUUCCCCACCUCGACCCAAAGUGGAGACCUCUGACGCCUGACAGACAAGCAGAAAUUGGCUUAAUUUGUUUUUCCUCUCACCCGCUGCAGUCCAGCGCAGCUUUGUCUCUGAAGUUUCUGAUCUUUGGAAAUUGUGAAGCUGCAUUUUUUCUUUUUUUGGUCUUUUUGGAAACUGUUCAACUUAGGCUAAAAAAAAAAAGAUGGGGGGGAAACCAACCAUGAGCUUUGUAAUUUUUUAUUUUUUUUUGUCCUUUGAUGAUUUGAUCCUGAGAUGGCCGAUUAAAUUUGGAGAACGGCAGUCCUGGAAAUAGCCUGUAGCUAGCUGAGUUGCACAGCUAUGGUUACAAAGUGGGAGGAGAGAAUCAAACUGGGAGAAUAUAUGGCCCUCUUAAAGGGAGAAAUCUUGGGCAUGAAUUCCUAGAUGUUAAUAUCUGUUGCAUUUGCAUUCACCAAAAAAGGGAAGGCACCGAUGUUUGCCUAAACACUGAUUUCUGGUAGUCCCUUUCCCCACAUUUGAAUGUUAUGUGGUUCGGGAGUUGAUGUUUUAGAAGAGGAGCGGUGAAAUUUCGUUGGUUUCCUCACCCCUGACCCCCUCAUCAACUCCUCUUUCUGUCUGUAUUCGACUCUUGGCAGCAGAGUUCUGUGUGUCAAGAAAGGGCAUUGCAUCCGUGAGGCCAUUUCCCUCUACCUCUUCUCUUUGGGGAUCGAAACUCUGCCUUGUUCAUGCUGAGCUUGGAUUCCCCUUUACGCGUAGGAAGUGCUUGGUUUCCAAAGUAUCCCUGAGUGGCUUUAAGAAAUAGCACGCAUUCUGUAAAUGAAAGCGCAUCCCCAGUUUGUGCCAGAAACGCCCUUGGGAUUAACGUCUUUCCCAAUUCAGCCUAGUCGUGGUUGAUGAAUGAAGGUAGAGGUGGCCUUCUAAUUUGUGUAACACAUGUAAGGAGUCGUAACGUUCAACUUUUUGUUUGAAACGGGCUUGCGUUGGAGUGCAAGGUCCUCUCCUGGACUCAUGUGAUCUGGCCAACUUCCUUUCCUUCCACAAUGGGCCGGCUGGCAUCCCUUCUGAAUCAGGAAGGAAAAGCCCAGGUUCCUCUUGAACCGGGGCAUCGAAUUUGGACUUGUUCUAACUCUGGUGCUUUGCCUCCCUUUCCCCCCCUCCCCCCAACCACACUCUUUCUUCUACCUUCUAGUUCUUCCUCCUGACAAGAUUGGUUUCUUAAUGCUACAACAUGAAUCCUGAUUGGGUGCAAACUGCAUUUGGAGAGCUGCUUAGAAGAGCUAUGCUUGUUGUGACCCUAGUGAGGGAAGUUGAAGGAGAGCAACAAGGCAAAGAAGGACAAUGUGGAAUACUUAAGUCAUGUCCAGUGCAGAAGAAGUUGAUAGGAACCUGACCUGCUGAUGGGUGAAAAAACUUCCUAGGAGGUGGGGUUAGUUCUGCGGAGGCUGAAUAGAAAUACUGUGGCCCCCAGGAAUCCCUCCUCACAGUUAUUGGAAGCAAAGACCCACCAGGUCAGUCCCAUUUUUACAUUCGUCACUGAACGUGAGCUCUUCGUAAUCUUUCACUCAUCCUUUUCCCUUGUGGUCCAAAGCGUAGCCAACAUGGCCCUCUCCUUCAGCCUUUUCCCCCGAAGUGAAAGGGAAGUUCUUUGUCCUCAGAUGGGGUGGGGGGUAGGGUGUGUGUGCAGGGCGGAGAAUCAACUUACUGAACAGACUUGCGAUGGAAAUACUUUGCUGCUUAGUUCUUAGAGGCAUAUACAGGGCCACCCUCUAAAAACGACCUUAAGCUGCUUGCCCCUUGGGGAAAGCCAAGAUUUUUCAGGAGCAUCAUCAAAGGGGCAAACUCAUCUGGAGAAAGGGCUCCGUGCAUCAACCGCCUUCCUUGGGAUUCCUACUGCGCUCAUCUCUGGGCACAAGGAUGUUUUACUCCCCCUACUAAAAGGGAAAUGAGCUAAAAGUGGUUAGGAGCCAGGAGAACUGGAAUGCCUUGCCCCGUUGGUUUCUGCUGUGCAUUCUCUAUAGCACAUUGUGUGGGGAAAUUGGGAGGGAAUGAAAAAUUGCGCGGAUCUUCCCCAGUGCUCUUGGACUGGCCCAUUUCCUGCUUCCAUCAUGCUUAGGCUAGAAGCCAUAGGAGUGAUAGGCACUCCCUUAUUGACUCGGGGGGAGCCGAGGGAAGUGCAGAAGGUCGGCUCUGCUUGGCUACAGCCCAGAGAGUCUGACUUGUUGGGGGGCGGGGGGCAGGCAUUGUGUUUUGACGGUGGAGGGCUGCUUGGAGGGCUCUCGGUAUCCUAGGGAGAAACGUAAGUGACCAGUGAUGCUUUAGUGUGUGUCUUUCUCUGCCGGGUUUUUGAGGCUCCCUUCCUAGAUAUGGGCCGGGCAGGAACUGUGAACUUUCUCACAUAGAACUUGUGAAUCUGGGAACCUGGGGGAGCUGAUGGGAAGCCAGCGACUUCUCGGGUAUUGUGAGGUGUGUGUUUAUACUGUGUGGCAGCAAGAAUUUUGAUGCUUUCUUCUCUUGUAUCCCCCCCCCCCCCAAAAAAAAAAAAAAAACAUCCCCACAUUCACGUUUCCUCCAAAUUGUGAUUCCUAAAUGCAUUGGGUCUGCCUGAAAGGAGGGAGCCGGGGGUGAGGGGGCCUUCAGAGGACUAUUUGCUGCUGGCUCGUGAUUGUCCCAAGCCCAGGAAAGGACUUGGGCCACCCUCUAAAGGGUUAGCGGAGUGUAAUAAUUGAACGUGGGGUCUUCCUAAAAAUUAGAUGCAUUUCAUGCUGCUGAUUUGUGGUUCAGAUAUGCUGGGUGUUUUAAAAAAAAAAAAGUAAAAAAAAUAUAUAUAUAGUGGACUGUGCUCGUUUUAUUUUUUUUUUCAACCAGUAUCAGUGGCUCAAGCACUGAAAUUUUUUUUCCCCACUCCAUCUCCCAGCAUGUAAAGGGUGAGACUGAUAAGGCUCUUUCGCCACCAUCUUUCCAAACCAAAGUUUGUGCUGGUUUUGAGCUCCCAUCCCUCAUCUGAACAGCAGUUUGGAAGCUCUUGGUUUAGAAGGCAGUGGAGAGAGCCUCCAGCAUCCAAAUCAGACAAUCCAAAGGGACCUCUUGGCUGGGAAUAAACACCUAAAAGUAGAAAGGGGGAGGAUCCAGGUAGGGGAAAAUGAAAGCUGAACUGUUCUGACUUCUCUUCCCAGCUCUGCUCCCAAGGGGUCCUUUCAAACUGAGCUCCUGGAAUGAGCUUAUGAUCUGUCAACUGCAGUUAUUUUUGGAGAUUGAAUGUAUUGUAUAAAAAUAUUGGGUUUAAAAAAAAAAAGGUGGACUCUGUGGGGUCACGUGACCGAAAUGACUACUGGUUUGUGUGUCUGGACCUAUAUACACAGAUGAACCAUGAGACUUGGGAGUUCUGAUCUUUUAUUUAAAAACCAGGUAAGGCAUUCCGUUCCAAAAGCUCUAGAACAUUUUUUUUUCCUGACUUUUUGUGCUUGACUCGGAAGAGGGAGAAAAUGUAUCAAGGAUUUUGUUGGUGGAAUUUUUUUUAAACUCAAUAUUUUCAUCGUAAAUAAACAGCACUUUACAUGAGAA